AUGUUCAGGGGUCAGCGAGCCUGGUUCUGCCGAAGCGUGGGUCAGGAUCUGCAGGAGCUUUGGGUGGCCCAAGGCGGAGUGAUCAGCCACGUUCGAGAAGCGGACUUUCUAUUCAGCUGUGACGCCUCGCACCCGGACACUAUGAGCAUAUAUGAAAGCUUUGAUUACAUGGAAGAUAACGCUACUGUGUUUCACGCUUAUUAUCUCUCAGCAAUAGCCAAUGCUGAUAUGAAAAACACAGUGCCUUUGGGUCACUAUGUUCUUCCACCUGCUUGCCUGCAAAAAGAAAUAAGAAAAAAAAUUGGUAGUUUCAUUUGGGAACAGAACAGUCAUGUCAUGAUGGAGAAGCAUGAUGAGGGAAAGCCAAGUGAAAUACAGAAACUCGGGGAAAAUACUGAAUUAUUGACACAACCUGAAAAAGAUCUAACCAUAAGCACAAAAAAGUAUUUCUCAAGGACUCCAGUUACAGGAAAACAACUAUAUUAUCCUCUUCAGAAUUAUCCAGUGAAUAACAUGGUAACAGGUUAUGCCUCUAUUGAUACAAUGAAGAAAUUCCUUGGGGAGCUACAUGACUUCAUUCCUGGAAGCUCAGGCUACUUGGCAUAUCAUGUUCAAAAAGAAAUCAAUGUCUUUUCUGCUGUUAAAAACAAAUUGAAGAGAAAAUGUUAA